AUGUCUAACAUGUCCUUCUUAACUGCCUCAAAAAUAAUGAUAAAAAGACAUAUACCUUGGGAGGGUUUACAAAAUGUCACUGAUCUUUAUCUCGGUCCUCUUUUUUUGAUUAUACACCGACUCUUAUUCUCUACAGACAGACAAAUUAUAUUUUAUAGACAAUGUCAUUGUAUUUUGUGUUUGUCAACUCUUCUGUUUUCUGAACUGUCUGACAUCCAUCUGUUCUCGUGUUUAACUUUAUUUAAACAAACAGGCCAAGAAGGCGUGCCGCAGCAAGCAAUGGAAUACAGUAGGGGUCGAUUGCACCAGGGGUGGACCAAUGGAUGUUCGAAAGGAAUAACAUAG